AUGCCUCCCGCAAACGCCACUUCCGACGAGCAUCAACAGCUCCUUGACUCUCUAGACAUCGCGCCCCUUCCACGACCCUUCCGCAACCCUAGCUGGAAGCCAUCGCAGCGCCGCAACAAGAAUGUGAAGCAAUUACUCUCAGAAUCAUCGCGCAAAGAAGCAUCUUCAAUGGCCACUCAGGUCAAUUCAGGAGCCACAACCCCUUUCGCAGUCAGCACAACAGACGGCUCCCAAACGCCCGCUGUCGGCAGUGCGUCGUCCUCCACGCGUCCACCCAAUAUCGCACAGGCAGCUCAGAAUUUAUCAACUCUGGUACUAGAGAAAAACCUGAAAGCGUCCAUGUACUUGGGAGCCGGCCCGGCAGUCACAUACACAAACAUUGAGUCUGCGCCGUCUCUGAGUCCUGCACACCAGCACCGCUACUGCGAUCUUACCGGUCUGCCAGCGCCCUACACGGAUCCGAAGACGAGACUCCGAUAUCACAAUAGGGAAAUUUUCGGGGUUGUGAGAACGCUCGGUCAAGGUGUUGCAGAGAACUAUCUGGAAGCGAGAGGAGCUCAUGUCGUGCUGAAGUAG